UGAAAAACCUGAAAAGCUUUAUUUUUUAUCUUUGCUUUACUGUAUUUGUUUGUGCCGUUUAAUUAUUUGUUCUUAUUUUCAUGAUUUUAAUUUGACAGUAGUAAUUUUUUACCAGAACAUAGCACAUAACGAACCGUACCGAAACCGUGAUACAAACCGAACUGUGAGUAAUCUGAACCGUUGCACCCCUAGUAAUGACUCAAGCGAUAUACAUACUUAAAACCUGAUCUGACCGUUCAGAGUCAGACUAAGAUGUAUUCUGGAUUUAGAUCAGAAAACCACAUAUGGAUGUGGUUUGAUUUGGGAUUGUAAAGAUAAUUGAUUUAGUAUGUUUGUUUCAAAUUACCAAAAAAAAAAAAAAAGUGAUUUGAGAUAUGCCAAAAAGAUUGAUAAGUUUUAAGAUGCGCCAAAUGUGAAAUAGGUGAAAGAUCUAGACUGCAGGCAGCAGGCUAAUUCAGCACCCAGACUCUUCUGCAAUGAAGCCAUGCUGUUGUUGUUGGAAAGGCGGGACUUAGCUCACCUGUCAAUCAUCAUCUAUGACGCAGCCGAAUGAAGCAAGAGACAAACUUGACUGAGACUGGGAGAAAUAACCUCAAUUUUUGUGUUAUUGUGUGCGUCUAUGACUGAUUCCAGUGAGAGCUCACUGAUCAUCUUCAUCAUGACCAUCAUCAUCUCUCUGCUCCUGUUGGCCUCUCUGCUGCCACACCUGACCUUCACUGCUCAUGUGAAUGUGGGUAUAGUGAAUGGCAAAGAAGCCAAACCCCACUCCAGACCUUACAUGGUUUCUCUUCAGGAGUGUGGGAACCAUAUCUGUGGUGGAUUCCUCAUUUCUGAUCAGUUUGUCCUGACUGCUGCACAUUGCUGGACCGGACUUAAUAUUCUGAUGGUUGUUGUUGGUGCUCAUGACUUAAGGGACAGCAAGAGUUCAGAUCACAUCAGAGUGAAGUCCUACAUCCCUCAUCCAAACUAUACAUACAUUCUUAAUCAACAUGCUGACGACAUCAUGCUUUUGAAGCUAGCGAAAAAAGUCGAACUAAACAACAAGGUUGGAGUGAUACCAAAGAAAGGAGAAGACGUCAAACCAGAUACUGUCUGUAGUGUUGCCGGCUGGGGAAGACUGAAUGAUGGCUCAGGGAGCAAUCUUCUAAUGGAGGCAAAAGUUUCUAUAAUGGAUAUCAAAAAAUGUAGAGAUAUAUGGCAAAGGUUCGACUCAACCUCAGUCUCAGUCUCACAGAUGAUCUGUGUAAAUGGCCAUGGUGGAUCCUGCUUUGGGGAUUCAGGAGGUCCUUUGGUUUGUGGAAAAACUGCUGUUGGUAUCACAUCUUUCGGUGACCCACGCUGUAAUUCAUCUGAUCGUCCUAAUGUGUAUACUAAGAUUUCAGCAUAUAUUCAGUGGAUCGACGAAGUUACUGGAAAUGUGUAGUGACUUCAUGGAAACUAAAGAAGGAAGAAAUGUUAUUCUUGAAUUCUUCCAUAAACCUUCUUUCAAUAAAAGUAUCACAUGGCAAGCAUCA